AUGUCGACUGCAAAGCACUACACCUCAGCAGCUGAUGCCUACAGCACCACCCCCACUCAGCACGCGCAGUCUGGAAACGAUUCGUUAUUCGACUAUCCCGUGCGAGCAUCCGUGGAUCAGCCUUCUUCACACCCCACUAGCAAUCUUCCCAUUGCAGGUUCGGGCGUAUAUGAUUCCAGUACAACCAACGCAUACGGCUAUGCUCCAGCUCCCAACCACGAUGAUGAUGUUGACGACGACGAGGAUGAAGAUUGGAACGUAUAUGACGAUUUCAAUAUGACUCGACCUGUGCCGCAUCGUAGGUCCACUUCCGGCUUGGCGAGUCAGAAUGAUGCCUAUUGGGAUGCGUCCAAGCCGAGUCUGGUGGGAACGCCGUAUACGGAUGUUGCAGGAAAUAGAAAGUCACUUUUACCGAGUGAGGCAUUUGGGUUUGAUGUCCGAAAUGCUGAUCCUAGGAGGUCGAUUAUCCAGCCGAACAGCGUUGCCAAUCGGAACAGUCACUAUUCCAACACGCUCAGUGGCAUGGGACCUCAACACGCCGACUCGACGACAGGGAUCGAACUCAUCACCGUCCCCGCCCUGGGCAACGAAUACACAAAGGAAGAACUACGUGGAAUGACUCGAGGUUCAAAACGAAGACGCAAAAGAAGCCAACGCAGAAAGAGAUGCCAACUAUGGGUAUCAGGUCAAGAUCAUAUUUGCGGUUGGCUCUCGCCUCGGCUUGCGGUCUUGGUGAUGUUUUUCAUCCUGGUCUCGCUUGGUGUGAUGCUGUACUUUGUUAUUCCUCGAGUACCGACGUUUGCAAUUCUCUCGACUAACCCAGUAACAGCAAUCCCCAACGGUGCUUCUAUGAAAGUCAACAGAGCACCUACAAACUUUUCAAUGGAUAUGGGCUUCAAUCUUCGUGCAGAUAAUCGUGCUUCUUGGAUACCUACACAUGCUCAGCAUCUUCAAAUGGAAGUUAGCGAUCUUAACACAUAUAAGCUCGUCGGCAAGGCAAGUAUGGAUGCGAUUACCUUUAAGGCUAGGAGUAGUACAGUUUUUCAGUUUGCAGUACACUUUAGUUAUGCUAGUCUGAAUGUGUCAGGUGAUGAGACUUGGCAGGAUUUUUAUACAGCUUGUGGUCCUAAUUAUCCAGGUCAGAGUAGGCCAAGUUUGAAUUUAGCUGUCAAGUUGACUAUGCGAAUUCGAGGCUUGAUAGGCAGCAAGCAGACUUAUACUCAGUUAGGCGGUGUUGCUUGUCCCUUUACGCUACAGGCUUAUCAGUAG